AAAUAAAUUAAUUAAGGGUGCCUUCUCUAUAAAAUAUAUAGCCCCCUCACAACUCACAGCACAUGCCAAAUACAUGAUCUACCCGAUACCGUUAAAUUAAUCAAUGCGAUUAUAAGCUUAUACCUCACCUCGUCUUUAAUUUUCUCUAUUCUUUACGAUAUCUUCAAUUGGAGUUUCUCUUCAGCUAGAUAGGAAGGAAACAUGAGUGGUACUGCAGUUAUUGUUCGAACAGUUGUCGGCAUCAUAGGUAAUAUCAUAUCCGCCUGCAUGUUCUUGUCCCCACUGCCAACAUUUGUUAAAAUAUGGAAGAAAGGAUCAGUGGAACAGUACUCAGCAGUACCAUACUUAGCCACAUUGAUGAACUGCAUGGUUUGGACUCUCUACGGUCUCCCAAUGGUGCACCCUCACAGCUUACUCGUCGUAACCAUCAACGGUGCAGGGUGUUUCAUUGAGAUAAUCUAUAUCACACUCUACUUCAUCUAUUCUGACCGCAAUAAAAGGCUUAAGCUCUUUCUUGCUUUCAUCUUGGAGCUUAUUUUCAUUACCCUUCUUGCAUUUGUUUCGUUGACUAUGGUCCACACCGUUAACAAACGCUCUGCCAUUGUUGGAACUAUAUGCAUGCUCUUCAAUGUUACUAUGUAUGCUUCACCGUUAUCUAUCAUGAAACUGGUGAUCAAGACCAAAAGUGUCGAGUUCAUGCCGUUUUACCUCUCUUUGGCUUCCUUUGGCAAUGGCGUGUCUUGGACCAUUUAUGCUCUCAUCCCUUUCGAUCCAUUCAUUGCUAUACCAAAUGGGAUUGGGACAAUGUUUGCGGUUGUACAACUGAUUCUGUAUGCAACAUAUUACAAGUCAACCAAACAGCAGAUAGCAGCAAGGAAUGCAAAAGGGGUGAAGAAUCUUUCAGAAGUGGUGGUUGCUAAUGACAACAUCAACAAGAUAAUGGCAGGAGGAUUAAUUAUGAAUAUAAAGAAAGAUGAUAUGAUGAUGGGAAGUGUUCCACAAAGUACAAUUACAACUACAAGUUCUCCUCCUCCACAUAUGUAUCCAGAGGAACUUCAGCUUAAGCUAUACCAAGCUUUCAUAUUCUCAAUUCCUAUACUUUUUUCAAUUAUUCUUUUUCUCCUUUUUUACUUGUUCUACCUCAAGAGAAGAGCUUCCUCUUUCUCUCCACAUUUACUUCCUAGGAUCAAUCCUCCUUCAAUUACCUAUCGUUAUUAUUCCUCUUCCUCUCCUCGUCGUUUGGAUUUGACCGUACAAUUGGACAAACUUCCAAGAAUUUUGUUUGAUGAGGAUUUACAAGCAAGGGAUUCAUUAUGUUGUGUUUGCUUGGGAGAAUUUGAGGUAAAAGAAGAGGUACUACAGAUUCCACAUUGCAAGCAUGUGUUUCACAUCGAUUGCAUACAUCAUUGGCUACAAUCAAAUUCCACUUGUCCACUUUGUAGAUGUUCCAUCAUUCCCACUACCACCAACAAGUUCCUUAACCCACAACCGCCUAUUAAUAUUAUUAUAUCGGACACACCCCACCAAGGUCCUAUCAAUUCAGAUUCUCCAUUACAAAUUCCAUCAUCAUUGUCACUUCAUAGAGAAGAUGUUGAUGAUGAAGCUGGUGCUUCCUCAAACAUUAUGUCAAGGGAAUGAUACAUAAUUUUGAUUAUAAUCAAGUAUGGUCUUUGAUUUGAAGGGUGGAAGUUUACAUUCAAAAAUAAAAAACCAAUAAUGAAAUAAACAUUUAGCCCUUCUAUUUGUAACUCGGAAUAUUCACUUAGUUUGUCGAAUGUAGAUAAAAUUUCUACUUGAGAAUUUUUUUUUUGCUUAUACGUAAGGUAUACCGAUGAAGUGUACGAGUAAUUAAUUUGUGCCAAUAAAUCAAUGUGCAUUAAGUAAUUUUGUCAUUAUCAAA